GAGCAGAGGCGGCUUCAGAAGCUGCGCGUGGACUACCAGCGCAAGGCUUACCCUGGCCUCAGUGGCACGCUGGCCUGGACCCUGGAGGAGCAAGCCGACACUCUGCUGCGGCACCUUGGCUUUGGCGCCAAGAUGCUGCAGUCGGACGGGGAGCACGGGGGCGACAUGGCGGCGCAGGUCAAGCCUGCUCUUGAGGAAUCCCUGCGCAUCUUCCGGCUGAUGUUCGGCAAGGACGACGAGAACAGCACGAAGGUGCAGAAGAAGUUGCACUUGGCGGAGCAGUUCCUGGCUAAGCGGGCUUCGCAGGGCGCUGGGCCGUAG